UUAUAAUUAAUAUCUAUGAAACAGUCUUCUAAUUGAUGUCCGAAAAGUACUAAAGAGAAAGUUCAGUCAACAAAUGCUCCUCUGCUUGAAAUCCACAUUAAGAACAGUCCACCAUUAUCAUGAACAACAUAACAAGAUCAAUGUGAUCAGCGAUGAAGCUGCAUGCACUUCUCUUACAGUUUGGAGAAAAUCACUUGUUUUAGGCUGCAGUGGGUUCACUGCGAUCGCCUCCAAUGGCAGUUUAGCAUAUCGGGUCGAUAAUUACACGUGUCGACCCGAUCAGAUCGUUCUCAUGGAUGGCUCAGGCAAUCCCAUUUUCACCAUUUGUCGUCCCAAGAAGCUGAGGUUAUUGCACAACUACUGGCAUGUGUAUGAAGGAGAAGUUGGCAAGAACAUGAAGAACUCAUCCAAGAAACCUGUUUUUUGUGCGAGGAAAAAUAUGAAGUUGAUGGGAACGACAAAACCCAAUGUUCUUGCAUAUGUUCAUUGUGGAGUGUCUGAUGAUAGGAGAUGUACAUAUGUGGUUGAAGGGUCCUACAGGCAUCGAUUGUGCAAGAUUUUGGAUGAGUCGAGGAGGGUGGUCGGGGAGAUCAAGAAGAAAGAAGGCGGGGGGAGAGGAGGUGUAUGUUUUGGUGUAGAGGUGUUUGAGUUAGUGGUUAGGCCGGGAUUGGAGUGCAGAGAUGCGGUGGCUGUUGUGAUAUUACUUGAUCAGAUGAUGUCCUGAUUGUUUUUGUUCAAAUGAACAUGUUUGUUGUGUGAAUUAAAUGUGUAGUGUAGGUAGUAGUGAUGGGUGUUGUGAAGGUGAGACUGAAGUUUUGGGCAGAUCUUGAAUGUAAAUAUUAACAAGUAUUUCUUAAAAUCAUAAGCUGGAGAAGAUAAGGUGGGAGGGAUGGAAUAUGUGAGGUGAAUCUGCAUACAGAAAGGAAUCAGGAAUUAUGAGAAGGAAGAAUAUUAAAAAAGUAUGUCCGUUUGUAUGUGUGGAGAUGCGGGGUAUCGAUCCCCGUACCUCUCGCAUGCUAAGCGAGCGCUCUACCAUCUGAGCUACAUCCCCAAGGCGACUGUUCAUUGUAUAGGUUUAUACCUAAACUCACGCAUCAUCUGAACUACAGCCUACAGCUCCCUUUUCACUGAAUCUACAACGGGGAGUAAUCUCCAAAAGGCAAAAAGAAAAUGCCUUUCCUCUCGCGCCAAUUAUUUCGGGGUAAGAAGGUAUGGAAGCACAUUUAUCUUAUAAGAUUAGUUCGUUUCAAGAUAUGAAGUAGAAGAGACAGAAUGUCGUCACUGGGAUUUUGAAUAAAAUCAGUUACCUUCUGAUUUUUCACUUAAUUCGUUGAAAAAAUAUGAAGAAGGGAUUCUUCCUGAAUUCCAUUUCUGAUCACAAUAAUGUUCAACUGGAAACCUCCUUAGAGACAUUAUGGGAAAAACAUAAAGGGAAGAAACAAGCGCUCAAGUGAAAAUGUUAAGACUAUCUUCUCUCCUGAAAUAUGAUAAUUUCCAGGAGAUGAAGCAAAAUCAUUAGAAACUUCAUUUACAUCAUGUACUCCAACUUUACUUUUGGAAACUUCCAUUUGUACCAUUGCUGAUCUCUUAGCGCACCUGCUAAUGCUUUUUUAGUUU